AUGGAAAUUGAAACUCAGAUUGAUCAUCUUCCUCGUCAACUGUUUCAAGAUACUCAUUUCCUUCCUGAACACGGUCUCUUUUGCACAAAAUUGCGAAUCCUGAACUCAGCCCUCCUUGUACUCGGAAUGUCCUUCCUCUCUGUCGGUUCGUCGUCCAAGCUCCCGCAAUCCGUUUCGACCCUGGGAGCAGUCGGCGGUAAAGCGUUUGCAGAUGGUGUGGCCAAGGGCAAUAAGAUAAUAGCAACCUAUGCCCCGGUAGUCGCUCAAAAGGCCGUUGAAAUCUCCAAGGACGUCAAGAUCCAUGCAGCGAAUGUUUGUAGUGGAGUGGAGUCGAGUCGCCACAACCCAGGUCUAGCAGCAUAUGCUCUAGCUGGUGUUACUGGCGCUGUACUCAUCGUUGUCCCAGGAAUAGUCUCUGCGCCUCUCCUUGCGAGCGCUGGGUUCACUGCGCCUGGAGUUCAGGCUGGCUCCAUUGGCGCCGCAGCCCAGGCCUCUAUUGGAAAUGUUGCUGCCGGUAGCGCAUUUGCAGCCUUGCAAAGUGCUGGUGCUGGAGGUGCUGCAGGACUUGGUAUUGUAAAUGGCAUCAUACAGGGCUCUGGGGCAGUGAUGCUGGCUUUAAGUGGACCCUUAGGGUAUAUCAAAUCAAGGCUUUGAUGGCGGGUGCAAUGCUCAGGAUAUUAAUGGAACUUGAGGAGAGGGAGCUAUUCCAGCUGUCCCUUUGGGCUUUCUAUCAUGACAAGAAUGAACUCGACUUAUAUGGAAAAGUGCUGAGAACUUAACUAGCAUUGGGAAAUGGUGUUUUAAAGCUCAAAGCAAUAGGACGAGGAGGUCAUCAUUUCACGAGAUAGAGUAAGAUUGAUAUGGAUAUUUCCACCUGGCAUUAUAUUAUUAUGCCCUGUUGACUCAUUACAGUCCUACACAAGGUGACAUGAGGAUUUCCUAUUGUAC